UUUCAUCCACUGUGAACCCUCUCUCUUUCUCUCUCUCCCACUCGAGCCGCCGGUUCCUUCGCCUCCCCUUUUCCGUGUGCCCAACUCCCUCCUUCCUUGAGCGGCGAGCACCGGCAGCGGCUCCGACCUUCCCGUGAGUGGCAGAAGCGGCGCCGGCUCUUCAUCGCUUGUGUGGGGGGUGCAAAGAACCCUAUUUCGCUGCCGCGGCGUGCAAAGAACGGGAGUGAACACCGCGUUUUCGUCCUUCGCUACGAGAUUGCUUCAGAUUCCGCAUUUGGACCGCCACAGUGAAAAUAAUGAAGAAUUUAAAGGUUUCCUCGCAGCUCUCGCUGGAUCUCGAGUUGCAGUUCGAGGGAGAGUCGAUUCUGCUGUCCGCCUUCGACGUCGAGUGCAACCGUGUCUUCUUUGCCUCUUCGCAUAAUGCCAUCUACACUCUUCAACUUCCGCUAUCUACGAAUUCUUCGUCAGAAGUUGAGCCUCUACCCUUGGAACCCGAGGAUCAUAUUUCCGCAAUGGAUUAUCUAAUGGAGAAGGAAGUGCUGAUUAUUGGAACUUCAAGGGGUUGCUUAAUAUUGUAUAAUGUUGAUAUGAAAACAACUGAAUUUGUUGGCAAAGUAAAUGGCGGAGUAAAGUAUAUUGCUUCAAGCCCAGAUGGAGCCCUUCUGGCAGUAACAUCUGGAACUGGGCAGUUGCUAGUCAUGACUCAGGAUUGGGAUGUACAGUAUGAAACUCCACUUGAUCCUAAUCUUUCUGAUGAUAUGGACACUCAUGAUCUGGGUGGUCCUUCUAGCAGUCAAUUUGAUAGCUCCAUUUCUUGGCGCGGCGAUGGAAGAUACUUUGCUACAAUUAGUCAACUUUACUAUUCUUCUUCUCUGCAAAAGAAUUCUUUUCCUUUACAAAAGCUUAACAUUUGGGAUAGAGAAUCUGGAGACUUGCAUUCUUCUUCAGAGCUCAAGAAGUUUAUGGGUACAUCCUUAGAUUGGAUGCCUAGUGGAGCUAAAGUGGCAACUGUGUAUGACAGAAAAGGUGAAAAUAAAUGCCCUUUGAUAGUACUUUUUGAGAAAAAUGGAAUGGAGAGAAGCUCUUUCUCUAUUAACGAGACAGCGGAAGCAACAAUUCAGAUUUUAAAAUGGAACUGCAACUCAGACCUUCUGGCUACUUCUAUUGUCAGUGAUGAAUUUGAUUCUAUCAAAAUUUGGUCCUUCAGCAACAACCAUUGGUAUUUGAAGCAAGACAUGAGAUAUCCAAAGAAAGAAGGUGUGAGGUUCUUGUGGGAUCCAUUAAAGCCUAUGCAUCUGAUUAGUUGGACUUUGAGUGGAAAGGUUACAUUUUACAACUUUAUCUGGACUACUGCUGUUACUGAGACAUCAGUAGCAUUGGUUAUUGAUAACUCCAAUGUGUUAGUAACUCCUCUUUCAAUCUCCCUAGUCCCACCUCCCAUGUCUCUCUUUAGUCUAAAAUUUUCUAGUGCUGUUCGAGAAAUCUCCUUCUUAUCUAAGAGUUCAAAGAAAUAUAUAGCAGCAUGUCUAUCCAAUGGAAGCUUAUGUGUAGCAGAGACUCCUAGCGUUGAUAUGUGGGAUGCAUUUGAAGGAAAAGUAAUUGAUAUUGAAGCUUGCCAUAGUGAUUUAAGGUUGGAGAGCUUUAUGCAUCUAACUUGGUUGGAUUCAAACAUUCUUUUUGGAAUAACUUCUAGAGGAUCUCUUAGUUGCUUAGGGAACAACAUUACCCAACAAAAUUCUCGUAAUUACUUUUUGCAUGAGAUCGAGCUUGCAUGUUCUGAGAAUUCAGAGCCUGAAUCAUUUGCUUCUUCAGGUUGGCAUGCACAGAUAUCAGAGGUGGCAUCUUUUGAAAAGCCUAUCAUUGCUAUUGCUCCUGUUCCAACAAAAAAAUGUGCAGCCUUUGUUCAGCUUCAAGGAGGACCAAUCAUUGAGUAUUCUUCUACUAAGUUGAUGACACUUGAACGAACUCAUCAUCAUGAUUCUGGAUCUGAUCAUGGGUUUUCAUCGUCAUGCCCUUGGAUGAAGGCAGUACUUGUUCGUCAUGAUGGUAUUUUGAGAGACCUUGUUUUUGGGCUUGAUGAUAAUGGUAGGCUACAUCUUGGAGGGAGAAUAUUAUGCAAAAACUGCAGCAGUUUCUCAUUUUAUUCUGCCAAUGGUGGUGUCACUGAGCAAGUCGUUACUCAUUUGCUGCUUAUAACAAAGCAGGAUUUGCUAAUCAUCAUAGGCAUGGAUGAUAUUUUACGUGAGACUCUUGAAACAAAAAUAGAUAGUUACAGUACUUCUAAUAACCACAAAGAGGAAAAUAAAGAUUUUGUUCAUAUAUGGGAAAGAGGAGCAAAGUUGAUUGGAGUAAUGCAUGGAGAUGAGGCAGCAGUCAUAUUACAAACUAAUCGAGGUAGCUUAGAAUGCAUUUAUCCAAGGAAAUUGGUUCUUGUGUCAAUUACUAAUGCUUUGGUACAAGAGCGUUUUAAGGAUGCAAUGCUUAUGGUGAGGAGACAUAGGAUAGACUUUAAUGUCAUUGUUGAUUACCAUGGUUGGAAAGCUUUUCUAAAAUCAGCCAAGGAGUUUGUUCGUCAGGUAGAUAAUCUUGGCCAUAUAACAGAAUUUGUUUCCUCAAUCAAGAAUGAGAAUGUGAUCAACACUCUAUACAAGGCAUACUUUCCUCAACCUUCUCCAAUUGAGGCACUGACUAGAAAUUCAAAAAACAUUCAGGAUCUUGCCACAGGAAACAAGGUUUCUGAUGUUCUUUUUGCUGUGCGGAGGGCUCUUGAGGAACAAAUGCCUGAAAGUUCAGGAAGAGAGCUCUGUAUUCUGACCACUUUAGCCCAUAGUGAACCUCCAGCUUUGGAGGAAGCACUGAAUAGAAUAAAAGUUAUCCGAGAAUCAGAGCUAUUGGGGGCUGACAACAAGCAGAGGUUAUACCCUUCUGGUGAAGAAUCUGUAAAGCAUUUAGUAUGGUUGACAGAUCCUGAGGCUGUAUAUGAAGCUGCUCUAGGUUUGUAUGAUCUUAACCUUGCUGCCAUGGUGGCAGUGAACUCACAGAAGGAUCCAAAGGAAUUUCUUCCUUAUCUCAAAGGACUUGAAGAUUUGCCGCCUCCUGUUAUGAGAUAUACCAUUGACCUAAGACUGCACAGAUAUGAGAGUGCUCUAAAACAUAUUGUCUCAGCAGGUGAUGAUUAUUAUGAAGAUUGCAUGAAUCUCCUAAAGAACAACCCUGAACUUUUUCCCAUUGGUCUGCAAUUAAUUUCUGACCAUGUGAAAAGAUCACAGAUCCUAGAAGCCUGGGGGGAUCAUCUUAAUGCUGAAAAACAGCUUCAAGAUGCUGCUAUGAUUUACCUGUGUUGCUCAUCUCUUCACAAAGCUCUAAAAGCAUAUCGUGCUUGUGCUGAUUGGAAAGGUGUAUUUACAGUAGCUGGUCUCCUCAAACUAGGAGACAAAGAGGUUCUUCUACUGGCAAAUGAUCUCUGUGAAGAAAUUCAAGCACUUGGGAAGCCAGCUGAGUCUGCCAAAAUUGCUCUUGAGUAUUUGAAGGACAUUUCUAGAGCUGUUGACUAUUUAAUAAUGGCAAGAGAGUGGGAAGAGGCUCUCAGAAUUUCCCACAUGCAAGAAGAUCAGGACUUAGACUCCCCUCUUAGGGAUGCAUGCAUAGAAUGUGCUACUGCAUUGACAUCUGAAUACAAUGAGGGGUUAGAAAAGGUAGGGAAAUAUUGUGCCCGUUACCUUGCUGUGCGCCAGAGAAGGAUAAUGCUUGCUGCUAAAAUUCAGGCAGAGGAUAGGUUGGCAAGUGAUGUCGAUUAUGAUACUCUCUCUGAAACUAGCAGUACUUUCAGUAACAUGAGUGCAUACACUGGAAGGACAGAGAAGAAUUCAUCGGCUUCCAUCAGUUCAAGCAAAGCCAGUAGAGUUCGCGAGAUGAGACGUCAAAAGCAUAGAGGUGGAAAGAUUCGACCCGGAAGCCCUGGAGAAGAGCUAGCACUCGUGGAGCAUUUGAAGGGCAUGUCUCUUACUGAAACAGCGCAACACGAACUCAAAGGCCUCAUCAUAACCCUUAUCAUGCUGGGAAAGGAAGAAAUUGCUAGUAAGCUUCAAUCUGCUGCAGAUGCCUAUCAAAUAUCACAGCAGGCAGCUGUGAAACUAGCCGAAGAUACAAUGGAAAAUGAUACAAUAAAUGAAGAAAAUCAUACCCUGGAAAACUACACAAAAAUCGUUAGAGUUCCAUAUAUGAAAGCACUUCCCCCAGAAUCUAAAGCUUUACUACCGCCAAUGCCUGUACUGAUAUUGUGAAACAAAGUUUCAAUUUUGAGGUCUAUUGAGUCAAAUAUAUCAGUUGCACACAUCAGGUGCAAGAGUAAUUUCAACUGUCAGGGCUUCAUGUUAUAAUUAUUGAUUUUAGAGGAGAUUCAAAUGGUUUGUACUUGUAAUUUUUGAAUGUUUGGCUGUAGCCAUGGUGGCCUAUGCGAUUCCUAAUCAUCGCCAUUUGGAUUAACAAAGUGUUUUGUUUUGGUCAUUCAUAUCUGCCAGGAAUACAAUAUUAUGCAAGAUCUGGUGGCUUA